GGCGAUACUAUUAUAUCUUUUGCCGCAAGAUGGCGUACAUGACAACCUUCUGUCAAUGUCAAAUGGAUGGCUCAAAUUUCUGUGAUGUCGGAGAUUGGUCUGUGAAAAUCACGAGUUAUUAUCUUGUUGCGGUCUUUAUUGAUUUACGAGAAUGGCGGAGUUAGAGUCUAUGAAUGACAAAUUCAGUAUAAAGAAUAUAUUAUUCUAUCGGGCUAUACCCAAUUACGAAAUACCAAUACCAACUGAUGGACAUAAGGUGUAUGCAUGCACUGAUUGCUGUGACAGGUUCCUAUUCGAAUCGAGCUACGAACGUCAUGUGAAUCGAAAAUCACUAAAAAUUACAUAUAUGUGCAGACAUUGUAACAAAACCAAGGUUUUUCUGAACAGAUGUAAUUUGUUAUCCCAUAUUAGGUCGCAUGCUUUCAAAACUGCUACUAUAAAUGUUAGUGAUUUGAAGGUGGAACCACUCCCUUUAUCUUAUUUUAAAAUUGAUACCAACAGUAGCGUAGGAGUCGAUGUUUCUUCACCAAGUACGUCAAAAGAAACUUUGGCGAAAGCGGUGUGUUUCGAUUGCAAAGCCGAUUUUUUCAGUUCUGGUCCAAUAUUUAAGGAACGUGCUAAACAUUACAUGCGGCUGAGUGAGGGAGUAUUUACAUGUCCAAUAUGUUUAUUUGCUAUGCCUAAUGAAUGCGCUCUCAAAGCUCACCUCCGACUUCAUAUUAAUCAUCCUCCAUUUUACUGUCCUGAAUGUGGUCAGCAUUUGUCAACUAGAACUAUUAAAUACCCAUACACACAUCACUGUGAAGGUUUCAAAAUGAUGCGAGCUACUGCUAGAAUGCAGUGCCCUGUUUCAAAUUGUAACUUACUCCAUCCUAACGAUGUUAGCGGACAUUUAAAUAAAGAACAUGUCGUCAAAGUAUUUAAAUGUAAUGCUUGCGUUGUUGCUAGCUAUAGUAACCUAACAAUGAUGAAGCACCUUAAGACACAUAAUGUUGAAUGUAAAGCCCUUAUAUUCUAUCAAUGUGUUUUGUGUCCAGGUAGACUGGUGCUACCAGGCCAAAUCGAGUAUCACCUGAAAAGUCAUACUAUGGAAACGAACAAUUUCGUUUCUGUUUAUCCAUGUUGGAACUGUGGCCUAACAUGCAACGAUAUUCACUCCUUCUUGAAUCACCACAUAGAAAAGCAUUGUAGUACUGAAGCCAUAAGAAAACUUUUAGAAUCUGUAAUAUCACUUUUCGCAAAUUCAUCAUCCAAAAGAUUGUAUCGGGUCGUGAAAAGAUGUGAUAGAUGUCUUCGAAAUUUUACAUACAAAUGUAAAUACGAUGAAAUCCAAGUACUUCCAGAUGAAUGCCCAUACAAAUGUACUAUGGAACAGCAGACAAGUGAUUCUUCUACAAAAAUACCGAGUCCUAUUUCAAUUGAGAAAACUAUCAAAUGUCCCUGUUGUACUAUGAUCAUAAGUGAAAAAUGGGAAGAUGUGAAGAAACACUUCAGUGAAUAUCACAAUAAUCAACGCUGUAUAGAUGUUAAAAUUUCUUUGCAAAGAAUAAAUCUGAAACAGAUUGAAACGAGAUCCAAAAAGAAGCGUAGUAGACAGUUAAAAAAGACUAUUGGUUCAAAACAAAUCCAAGAAAAUAAUGCUAAACAAAUUCCAGUUAUAACAUCCAAAGAAAAUAAAUAUAAUUGUAAUAUGUGUGGUUAUGUUGGCAAAGACAAAAACUCAUUUGAAAUACACAUUAUUGAUCACAGAGACCCAUACAUGGCAUACCAGUGCAUGGAAUGUGCAAAAUGUUUUGUCGUGAAACCCUCGUUUUCAACACAUAUGUUACUGGAACACAACAUAUCCGAUGUUGAUGAAUAUAUUGCUCAGAAGCAAUGUUACAAUGAGACUGCCUUAGAUAAAUAUCACAAUAAUUCUGAAGAAAACAUGGAGCCACUGCGUGAAAACCAGUGUCGAAUUUGUAGAGAUCAGUUUGAUAAUUCGGAUGAUUUGGAGAAACAUUUCAGGGUGCAUGGGAUGGCUUUUUUAAUGAAAAACACUGCUAACAAAAGCCCAUAGGAAUACCUACCUAUUUUACAAAGUCCAUAUAUUUUUAAUGAUUAUGAAAACUAGAUAGUCCAAAAUUUUGUUUCACUGAAGUACUUAUGUACCUCUAUCAGAAUAUGUGAUGUUUAUUUUAGAACUAUAUUUAUCACACUUCUUUCAUUUUGUAGCUUACAUAAGUACCUAUAGUAUUUUAAUAUGUAUUAAUUUUGUCAUAGGCAGUUAGUGCUAACGGCUGCCUGCAAAUUUGUCCUCAUUUUUUUCGCGAUAAAUGCUGAAUGCGGUCUAUCUCUGUGCCAAUUUCAUCAAAUAUGGUUCAGAUUUUUAGAGUUCAUUCAUUUCAAAUGGUUACAAAGAUAAUAUUCUUUCCUCUUAAUAUUGUUUAAAGGUAUAGAUUUGUAUAAUAUAGGUGAUAUAGUUUAGUAAAAUAGAUACAGUUCCUACUUUGAAUUAUAUCUUAAUGCUCUAUCUAGCUACACACUAUCGCCACCAUCACAUUUUUAUCAAUUUAUUUUAUUUAUUAGCGAAAAAAAAUGUGCCACGCUAAAUAUUAGAAAGUACCUAUUAUUGUUUACUAGUUACACGAAUGGUGUGAGGCCAGAUAGGGCUUUAAUGUACAUCCUAUGUUAAGCUGGUAGAGAUCUGACAGUUGGUCAGCAGUUUUUUUUUGCCAAAAUCCAUAUAUUUUAAUGAUUAUGAAAAUUAGAUAGUGCAAAAUUUUCUUUGAAGUAUGUAUUCAAGAAUAAGAAUGUUGCACCGCUAUCAGAAUAUGUGAUGUUUAUUUCAGAACUAUAUUUUAUCACAUUGAAUAACUGCUUCUUUCAUUUCGUAGCUUACAUACUUUAACUACCUAAACCUAUAGCCUAACGUUAAUUUGUAUUUGUCUUAAUAAAAUAAUUACAAACAA